CACAUUCUACCUUUACCAGGAUCAAAAAGACUUCGGUUAUCUGUCAGAAGGUUGAUUGACAAGCAAUCUCUCACUGAGUACUGAGAAUCUCAUCACGGUUUUACUGUGCUGCGUUGAUUAUCAUCUCUUCAACACUGACAAUACACCUGGCGUCUGUAUUUCUGUGCUAAACAGAGAAGUAUUUUUCAGCGACAAGCUUUAAGAGACCAAAAGACAAGUUGCAACCAAAACAUUGUCCUUCCUCUGGAAUCCUUGGAGAACGACACCAUGGCCCACCCCCAGGAACCGACAGUUAUGGGUAGCAACCAGGAUGAAAUGAGCGUGAGCCUACAGGCCAUCUCCCAACAGCUUGAGACCCUGCGUCACCAAAUUCACAAGCGCCAGAGACAGUUCAACCGCUGGCAUAAUUUGGAGGAAGUAUUUGUCUCAGGGAGGGAGGAGGAAAAAGCUGCAAGGAAGAAAUGUGAUUACCUUUUAGAAGAAGUGUGGAAACUCAGCGAAAGGGUCCAAAAUUACGGCAUUGUUGAGGCUUUGUAUAAAGAAACAAAAGCUUCAAAUGAGGCGAUGGACCUGCAGCGUCAAACUCUGCAACAAACGGUUAGAGAUCUCAAAAACCGUCUGAACAACUUUGAUGAGGUGAAAGAAGAAUAUGAGGUCGUGAGACAAGAGCACGAGGAGCUACAGAGUGAGAUUUACUACCUGCAGAACGACCUCCAAAAUGAGACUAGUGUGGACACAAUGUGUGCUGCAUUAAAACGGCAGACAGAGGCAAUGAGCCAGCAAAACACCGCCCUGCAAAGCCAGCUCCUGGAGCUCAAGGAGAGGCAUCGGCAAUCCUACAACGAUGCAAAAGCCGAGAAAGAGGAAGAGAUAGAGGCAGUCAAGGCAUUAAAUGAACACAUGAGCUGUGAAAACAAUGCCUUGCUCCAGGAAUUCCAGUCUCUCAAAAAUAAAUCGGACAAUUUAAACAUCUGGCGUGACUUGUACAAGGAAACAAUGGACCGCAUGGACGUUUUGAAGAAAGACAACGAUAAUUUGAAUCAGCAAAUCCAAGUCGUAAACGACCAGCUCAGGAUUAAAAGACAUUUAAAGAACAAUUACGUAGAACUGGAAGCUGAAGAGAAAGUUUUGCAGGCACAAAACCGAGCCCUGGGUAAAACCCAUUCUAAUGUUUUUAAAAAGCUUCUGAAUGAAGAAGACUGGAAGCACAAAUAUGAAGAUCUGAAACAACAGACAGACGACUUGAUGCUCCAGAACAACAAAGCCACUGAGGAAAUCCAAAACUUCAAUGACAACCUCAUAGUUUUGAAUGCAUUUAAGGUGAAUUAUAAAGCCCUGAAGGCAGAGAAAAUAGUUCUCACAAACCAGAAGAACACUCUGCAGAAAGAACUCCAGAAGCUGGAGAAAAAGUUCUCCAACGAAGAAACUCUGGAGGAACGAAAUAACAAGUUGAAGUCAGAGAACGAAGCAGUGAGCCAAGAAAACAGCGCUCUGCAGCUUAAAGUUCAGGAGCUCGGCAACACACUCCGAGGUGAGAGCGUUUGGGCCAACACAUUCAAUUCCCUGAAAGUGGAGAAAAACACCUUGAACCGGAUGAAUAAGGCCCUUCAGAAAGAACUACAGAAGAUUAAUAAAAAGGUGGAAAACGAAAAAGCUCUGGAGGGGAAGUGUACAGCGAUGAGGUUGAAGAUGGAGAACAACCGCAGACAGCAGGACUCCCUGAAAGAAGAAAUCAGCUCCCAGAUGUGAUACUGUGGGGUCAUAUUUUGGUAGCAUGGAG